GCAACAGGCGAGCUGCGCACCGAGAGGGCGUGCCAGAUCUCCCCCCCCCCGCCCCCGCUCCUGUGCCUGCGGACCACCUCCGGGGUGAUCGGCUCUGUGGUGGGAACACUGGGCCCCUACUGAGCGUGCUGGUGCCGCGGGACCCUUUCCGGCCACCAAGGCCACUUCUGAAGCUGGGGCACCCGGGGACGCACCAGCAUCCAGGAUGUCCACACAGAGCACGUACCCGCUGGAGCCCGAGGCCUCGCAGCUGCAGCCGGAGACCCCAAAGGCCCCGGGCCACCAGCGGCGUCAUACGCUUCCCGCCAACGAGUUCCGCUGCCUCACCCCGGAGGAUGCUGCCAGCGUGUUUGAGAUUGAGCGUGAAGCCUUCCUCUCUGUCCUGGGCAUCUGCCCCUUGUAUCUGGAGGAGAUCAAGCACUUCCUGACCCUGUGUCCAGAGCUGUCCAUGGGCUGGUUCCAGGAGGGCCGCCUUGUGGCUUUCAUCAUCGGCUCGCUUUGGGACCAGGAGAGACUCACUCAGGAGUCGAUGACGCUGCACCGGCCCGGGGGCCACACCGCCCACCUACGCGUCCUGGCCGUGCACCACACUUUCCGGGGACAAGGCAAGGGCUCCAUCCUGAUGUGGCGGUUCCUGCACCACCUGGGGAGGCAGCCAGCAGUGCGCCGGGCCGUGCUCAUGUGUGAGGAUGCGCUGGUGCCCUUCUACCAGAAAUUCGGCUUCCGCCUCGUGGGCCCAUGCGCCAUCACCCUGGGCUCGCUCACCUUCAAUGAGCUGCAGCGCUCCAUGUGGGACCAUGCCUCCCGGCGUAGGAACAGCGGCUCCUGAAGUCACUGCUCCCCGCACCCCCCCCCCAACCUGCGGGCUCCUACCCGGCCCCGAUUUCCCGUUCUCUCCCCAACCCAGCUGCCCAGCAAGCUUCGGUGAUACACUUCCCAGCCUAUCCUGGUGAGGCUCUCUGGACCACCCCUCUCCCCGGCCCACAUUCCAAAUUGUGCCAGAGGUGGGGAGUGGUUGAUAACCGGGGACAGCAGGAGGUGUCCUGCGACCCACCUCAGCGACUCCUUCAUUCUCGGGAAUCAAUGGGGGGCCCUCUGGGCAGGCAGCAUCGUUGUCCCCGUGGGUUGGGCCUGGUGCUCCGAAGGCCCUUACCCUCCCCAGCCUCACGGAGUCCCUUUCUCAUCCUCUGCCCCGGAAUGAGGGGUAGCUGGGAUCAGGAAAGAGCAGAGGCUACCUCCUAGCUCAGCCCCCGUGCCCCCCACCCCUGGCCUCGGACGCCCUGGGUCCUCUCGUCACUUCCCACGUGGCUCCUUGAUGUGGGGUCAGGGCUGUGGGUGGGGCCCAGUGAACGGACGAGGGCUGUGCCUUCCCCCCACCGUCUCUGCCAGGGGCAGCCAGACCCUCACCGCCCCUGGGCUCCAGGCAUUUAACCCGGCCCUCUCAAGGGACCCCCUGGGACCCCAAACCUGGUUUCUGGCCCAACCAAAUCCCCCACAAGUUUUCCGCCAUCCCUUUAGGCCGAGGCCCCGCCCCUGAGCUCCUGGCUGGCCCCACACCCCAAAAUAAAGUUCCAGCUUUCACUCUGCUAGA